AUGUUACAUGUCAGUGACGGCGGACAUUUUGAAAACUAUGGCCUGUUACCACUGUUGAAGUUGCGACUACCGAAAAUCCUUCUCGUUCAUGGUUUGGAAAUUAAAUCGGAUGACGACUACGCCAGGGAUAUCAUAGUGGCAAUGGAGCAUGCGCGAAAGUUAUUCAAUUGCUCCUUUACUUCAAUGGCUGGAAAUGACGUGUUGAAUGACAUAGAGGAAAAGUACGGAAGAGAUGUGUUAGAUCAUAUAAGAAAACAUAAUUGUGGAGACGUUGUGUUGAAUUAUAUAAACAACCAGUUGGGCGGCGAUGUGUUGACAGAUAUAAAGAAUGAGUUUGUCGAAAAACGUUCAAGGAAAUACGAAUUCAAAGUUCAUUACUCAAAAAAUAAUUCAGAGGGUAGGUAUAUAUUUCAACACAUUAAACCCAAAGUGUUCAGCAUACAGUAGUGCUCAGGCAUUCAAAUUAUAACAAUAGGAUAAUUUCUAUAGAGGAUUCUUCUUUGGGGGGGACACACUGUACAUCAUACAUUCAAGUAUGAUCGUAUGAUGAUUAUACAUGUGUAUAUACGUGUACAUGUAGUUGUUAUUUUUAUGUAGAUGACAAUGGAGUUAGCGAAGGGCAUAUUGUCCUUAUUGCUCCGCGCUCACCUGGGCGGGGUAAUGCGAGCACGUCAGAGAGAAAUUGCCAAAAUGAUCCCAAAUGGCAAGAUAAAGAAUGUGAAGAAAGAGAAUUGGAUAAAAAGUGGGGUCUGGGACCGUAUCUGACGGAAGGUGAUGUGAAGAAUAUUGAAGGAUGCCCCGGAGGUAUUGGUUGCUGCGAGUGCUGUCAUAAAAAUUGGUGUGGCAGCUGUUUCCAAUUUCCUCGUCACCCAACAGCAAACCAGUUUUAUACUCCUUCAAUGUUUACUGCUUAUCACAGAGAAGGAUACAGAGUGUGUAUGGAAUGCAACGAGUUUUUAGAAAAAUAAACUAUUGAAUAACUAAAUUUAUGUGUUUACCAGGUAGUGGGCAGCCAUCUCAUAUUAAAACUCCAGUAGAGAACCAAUCGAAUUAUUUUAUUUCAAGUCUUGCAAUAAUCUGUAACAAUUGUGUAAUAAUUUAGUUUCUGAA